CAGAGCGACUCGCGAGUUCAAUUCGAUUUGUAAACCUUGUGAUUAUUUUACACCUUUUUUCGUCAAAAUGGUUCGAAAACUCAAAUUCCACGAGCAGAAACUGCUCAAGAAGGUGGACUUCUUCAACUGGAAGGAAACAAACAAUCUGAACGAGGUGAAGGUGAUGCGAAAGUACAACGUCCAAAAGCGAGAGGAUUACACUACCUACAACAAACUGUCCCGCAACAUCCGUGAGCUGGCGGGGAAGAUUGCGGAAAUCGACGCCCGGCAUCCGUUCCGGACGGAGAUGAGCGCGCUGCUGCUGGAGAAGCUGUACGUGAUGGGCCUGAUCGCGACCAAGUGGGACCUGGAAAACGCCAGCAAGCUGAGCGCUUCGAGCUUUUGCCGGCGGCGACUUCCGGUGGUGCUGCUGCGCAGUAAGAUGGCCGAGAACAUCUCGCAGGCCACGCAGCUGAUCGAGCAUGGGCACGUGCGGGUGGGUGCGGAAGUGGUGAAGGAUCCGGCUUUUCUGGUGCCUAGGACGUUGGAGGACUUUGUGACGUGGGUGGACGGAUCGGCCAUCCGGAAGCACGUGCUGGAGUAUAACGACAUGAGGGAUGAUUUUGAGCUGUGAGGGGGUCGCCGGGGGGAGUAUUUAAUAAAUGUGUUUAAA